AUGAACAAAGUUUUGAACGAGAGGGGAAUUUCUCAACCGGACACGAUCCUUCCAGCUAAUGACUCAGGAGAUCACAUCACAGAUUGGCAGAACUCGGUCCUGGAUGCAGUCUCUGAUUUCCAUGCAAAGACUCGGGAUGUUUGCAACGUGCAUCCUGAGAAUGCUUGCUUGCUAGAUGAUAUAUAUGCGAAUGUGGAAGAAAUCUUUUAUGCAGACAAUGGAUGGCAGUUACCGACGAAUGAAAUCAUUGAGAUUCAGGCUCAAGGUGGCUUUCCAACGUACGGGGAGCUCCUUCCUUCUGGAGUUGAUGCGCUCGUGCAACUGACGGGCAUGGACCAACAAACGGUUUUCUACGAUCUUGGAUCUGGAACAGGGAAAGUUGUCCUACAGGCUCUCGUCGCUCACAGGAGCAGUUUUGGUAUUGAUGCACGAGCAGUACAUGUCAGAGAGUUUUCAGAUCCUGGUUACUCUCAGAUCCCUACCACUACAACCGUGAGUGAAAUCUUUGAGCAUAUAGCAUCGGCUGAUGUCCCCCAGCCGUCGUACGUGUACGUUCGUCAUGGGUUGAAGAAUGCACCCAUCGCUGCUCUCGCGCACUUCUUCUGCGACUCAGGCGUCUGCUGGCUACCCCCGUACUUCUCGAGCUAA